AUGUCUUCCAAUAACGCGACGGACACCCCCACGGCGCCGUUGUUUCAACUUCCCAACCCGCUAACUCCUAUGGCCUUUCUGCCUCCGGAUCUUGCAUUCCAAGUGACCAUCGCGACUUACGUCCUCAUAGGAGCCACAGCGGUGAUGGUUUGGGACUUUGUCAGUCAUUUGGCGGACGAUUAUCGUCUCGUUACGCGGUAUAGGAUUGGCCUUGCAACAGUCGUCUACUUUGUCGCAAGGAUUGGAGCUUUGACAUAUCUUGUUGGCACCGCCGUCAUGAACACUGCUCCAAUCGGAUACACAAGCUGCUCGGUGGGGACCAAAGUUAUCAGCGCCUUCGUGGCCGUAGCGAUACCUGGAACAUCAUUUCUCCUCUUCCUCCACGUUCGCGCUAUAUACAGCAACAAUAAGUAUAUCGUCGGCUUCUUUGGGUUCCUCUGGAUUGCUGUCCUGGGAGGUUCUCUAACCGCGCCUAUUGGGGGAUCAACCAACCAGAUGGUGACGUUAGGAAAGUACUGUGCCCAGAACGUACUCCCAGAAUAUACCUCCGCGGCAGUCAUCAUCCCUACUGUCAACGACACUCUUCUAUAUUUAUCCAUCGUCUGGCACAUGUUGCGCUGCUCGUACGCCGAGUCCACGGUUUCAAACAAGUUUCGGACACUUGCAUUCGGGGACUAUCUACCCGCGUUGUCCGGGGCCCUGCUGAAGAAUGGACAGGCGUACUUCUUGAGCACUGUCGGAUUGAAUUUGGUGGCCCUCACCAUGUUCUACAUCGACUCGGUCCCGAUCCCAUAUCGCGCGAUGUUUGGUGUGCCGAACAUAGCGUUGAUGAACAUGAUGGCAAGCCGCCUCUUCCGGUGUACGAAGUUCGGCAAGUAUCGCACAAAUUCGAGUAUUUCUACAACGCGACUGAAUACCACCUCAAAUGGCCGAGCCAAUUGCAAAUGCUCGCAGCCAAUCUUGGUGGCACCGGCCGGCGCACCGCUACAGGUCCAGAUUGACACUUUCCGCACAGAGUCUGAUUACCCCCCGAGUCGUCGAGAGGGAGCUUCGGAAAAGCGGAGCGAAGAGCAGUCAAAGGAUGAUUACUCAAAGUCGAUGGUUUAG